AUGAGUGAAUUGAAGGCUUUCAUCGGUUUAUUGUAUAUUGCCGGAUUUUAUCGCUCUGGAAGGCAAAAUACUGCAGAUCUGUGGGCUUCCGAUGGUACAGGAGUCGAAAUAUUUCGGUUGACAAUGUCACGUCAACGAUUUCAUUUUAUUCAGAGCUGUCUCCGUUUUGAUGAUAAAUCUACGCGUGAAGAGAGAAAACUAUUGGACAACUUAGCUCCUAUACGUGAAAUAUUCGAGCUGUUCGUUGAGAACUGUAAGAAAUCAUACGUCUUGGGCGAAUAUGUCACCAUUGACGAAAUGUUGCUGGCAUUUAGAGGAAGGUGCAAAUUUAGACAAUACAUACCAACCAAGCCUGCAAAAUAUGGCAUAAAGGUCUUAGCAAUGGUUGACGCGCAAAAUUUUUACAUUUUCAACCUCGAAAUUUAUGCAGGAAAGCAGCCAGAAGGACCAUUUUCCGUAAACAAUAAACCUUUUGACGUAGUGAAUCGUCUAGUGCUUCCCAUUUCAAAAACUGGGCGGAAUGUUACUUUUGACAACUGGUUUACCAGUUAUGAACUUGUGUCACAUCUACUCAACGAGCACAAGCUGACUUCUGUGGGCACAGUGCGGAAAAACAAGAGAGUACUCCCGAACAAGUUCUUGAAAACGAGCGAUCGUGAUGCAGAUGUUUAUUCAUCGAAGUUCGGCUUUCAAAAAGAUAUAACUCUGGUAUCCUACAUACCAAAGAAGAAAAAAGUUGUUCUGCUCAUUUCAAGUCUCCAUCACGACGCUGAUAUUGACGAAACUACUGGAGAGAGAAAAAAACCAGAAAUAAACACAUUCUAUAACUCCACUAAAGGAGGAGUAGACGUUGUAGAUGAGUUGUCCGCAACUUAUGAUGUAAGCCGCAACUCCUAA